CCUCUCUUCUUCUCUUCUAUCAUAUGGACGUCGUCUCCCUCCCCUCUUCUAUAUUCCUAUCACCUUUUCUUCAUUGCUUUCUUUCUUUCUUUCCUUCUUUCCUUCUUUCCUUCUUUCUUUCUUUCAAUUCUUUCUUUCUUUCUUGGGAAAAAUAAAUAAAAUACCCCCAACUUUGAAGGGGUGUGAGAUGAACACCCUAAACUUGCAUAUGUAAUUUAAAUACCACAAACUUUAUAUAAAAAGUUAUUUUAGCACCAUAGUCAAGUAUUAUUUCUUUCAAAAAUCUAAAUUUAUGGUGUUAGUUGCAUAAUUUAAAAUAUUUUAGAAUUCAUGAAGACACAAAUAACAUUCUAAACUUUCAUUAGAAAAUAGAUAAUGUUACCCUCAAUCUAUAUAAUUGCAACACUUUUAAUUUUCUAUUAUAAAUUAUGCAAUUAACCUCAUAAAUUUACAAUUUUGAAAAAAUUAAUACAUGACAAUGGUGCAAAAAUAAAUUUUUAUUUAAAGUUCAUGGUAUUUAAAUUACAUAUGCAAAUUUGGGGUGUUUACCUCACACCCCUUCAAAGUUUGGGGUAUUUUUUAUUAAUUUCCCCUUUCUUUCUUUCUUUCUUUCUUUCUUUCUUUCUUUCUUUCUUUCUUUCUUUCUUUCUUUCUUUCUUUCUUUCUUUCUUUCUUUCUUUCUUUCUUUCUUUCUUUCUUUCUUUCUUUCUUUCUUUCUUUCUAUUUCAUCAUCAUCAUCAUCAUCAUCAUCAUCAUCAUCAUCAUCAUCAUCUUCCGCUUUCCUUCUUUGUUGUUCUUUCUUUUUACAGUUUAUUCAUAUUCCGUCUUGACACUCUUCUUCCAUCAUCACCUUCACAUAUACUUUUUCUUUUUCAAUGCACCGAAAAUUUGAUGGUUGAGAAUAAUCGGGAAGUCAGCGGGAAUUAGAACCGCCUCAUUUUAUGUCUGUGUGGUAUGUACACAUUGUCUGUGUAGUGUUGAAUAAUGAUAUAUAUUAUCUGUGACAAAAGAUGAAACUGAAAAAGUGUGUUGUGAACAUGUUACACAUGAAGUGUAGAUUACGUCCACCAAAUUUCAAAUUCAAUCGGGAAAUUAGCAAUUCAAUCCGCGAAAGCAAAAACAUCAAAAGUUGCCCAUAAGCCCUAAAAAGAAUGUUGGCAAACUGCCUCUGAGUUGAAAAAUGGCCAUAAACAACUGCUACACCUCGCUCCCAUGAUAUCACAAGAUACCCUUCGGCUAUGGCGAGUUGCCUCAUAUCCGAUAACUCACUAUUAUUCCGUAUCCCACCAGAUGAUGCUGGGAUUGCAUGGUGUGGAAAAAGUUAAUUUGUUGUCCAUAUAUUGGGUGAGAGCACUAACUGUUUUCAGUCCCCCAUUAGGAGAAACUUUAUUUAGAGUUGGGGUUGAAGUGCAUAUUCUCACAUUGUAGAUUAAAGGCAGGCACGCAAUGGGAGAAGAAACAAAUGAAGUUGGGCUUUCUCAUGAUGAAGGGAAGCUUGAGUUGAUUGCAGGUUCUGAAAAAAGAUUGGAUUUAGAUGCUCGUGAAGGGGCAACAGAAUCAAAUGAUGAGUCUGAUGAAGUGUCUAGCGGAAAGAGUGGAGAAGAGGAGUCAGAAGAGGAGAUAAUGCCUUUUAGUUUCUUAGUCGAUGAUGCUAAUUACGAAGAACUAGCUGAGAAAAAGAGAAAAGCCAUUGUGUCUCAUGAAGACAACAAAGGGCCUUUGAAAAAACAGAAGGGGGCAGAGUUUCUAGGUGCUAGUAUGGAUGAAAUCAUGGAAGCCAUGAAUUACGGUAGCAAGAGGAAAUCGAGGAAGAAAAAGAGAAAAGGAAGGCGUAAGGGUUCUAGAAGAAACAUGGACCCCGAGACCACAAAAUUGUUAGGCGAGGGCACACUGUGCUAUGCAACUGGGGAUUACGAAAGGGCUAUACAACUGCUCAGUGAGUGUAUCAGGCGUAACCCAACACACGAUGCUUACCAUACACUCGGCCUCGUUCACAACGCAAAGGGUGAUAAGAAAAGAGCUAUCUGUUAUUACAUGCUUGCAACACUAAGUGUAAAUAGGCCAAAGGACACACCUCUCUGGAAGUCGCUUCUUUCUUGGUUUAUAGAUCAAGGGAAAACUGCGGCUGUUAAUUACUACCUUCCCAAAGCCAUUGCUGCUGACCCUGAAGACAUCAUGCUUAAAUUCCUCGGCGCGUCACAUUAUACUGAACUUAAGGAGUAUGAGAAAGCUGCUAAGCUAUAUCAACAGAUACAUCACCUCCGUCCUGAUGAUUCUGAAGUCUGCAUGGCAGCAGCUGAGCUGUAUAAGCAAUGUGGUAAGGUCGAAUCCUCCCUGGUUGCUCUUGAGAGUUAUCUCAGCCACUUCCCAACUGAUGGCGAUCCCAGAGUCAUUUUGAUGCUAACUAGCAUAUACAUUGAGAAUGGCAAGUAUUGUAAAGCUCUUCAACUUAUUAAAAGAAUAGAAGAUUGUCCCAGAAGAGAAUCUUCAUUUAAUGAUCUAAUAAUGGCUAAGGCAGGAAUUUGCUACCUUCAUCUUGGAGAUGUAGAUAAUGCAAAAUCCCUUUUCGAGAAACUACAUAUUGAGAACAUGAAUGGUUUUACCGAAUCAAUCAUUGAAAUCGCAGACACGUUUAAGAAGCUUGAUCACCAUCAAUCUGCUUUGCAUUACUACUUGAUGUUGGAAAGGGGAUUGGGAUCAACUAGUGGAAAUCUAAAUUUGAAAAUAGCAGAAUGUUACUUAUCUUUGGAAAAGUGGGAUGAAGCAAUUGGAUGCUUCUACAAAGCUCUUCCUUUGCUUGAGAACAGUGUCAAGACUCGGCUGACCUUAGCUUCGCUUCUUCUUGAGAGAGGGAGAGACGAAGAAGCAAUACUUCUUCUUUCUCCCCCAAAUUCAGACUUUGGAUUGAGAACCAUCUUUAAUAACAAUAGUACCCGUGAUGAAGAAUGGUGGAAUGACAUGGAAGUGCAACUUAAGCUUGCCAGGAUCUACCGAGCUAAAGAUAUGUUUCAAGAAUUUAUAGAUACAUUCUAUCCCUUGGUUUAUCGGUCUUUUACCUCUGAAGCUUCAAAGGUGGCAGCUAAGAAAAAAAAGCUCCCAAAAAGAGUGCUUCUAGAAAGAGCCAAAGUUUUAGAUGACGAUCAAACUGACAAUCUAGUCCAGGGAUUUAAACCUGUGGCUAACGUAGAUGAUAGAAGAAAGGCCUCCAGAGCAAAGAGGGUCCUUUUAAAAAGAUGUUCAUUGAAAGAUGAAAUGAAAAGAAAAUCUUUAGCCGCUGGUAUAGAUGUGAAGAGUGAAGAUUCAGAUUCAGACUCAGAAUCUCGGGUAUCUCUGCACAAGAAGAAACCUCUGACGCCCAAACUCCUACAAGAUGCAGAGAAUCAUCAACUCUUUGUGGACUUGACCAGAGCUCUGGCAUCUCUAGGAAGAUACGAAGAGGCAUUUGAUGUUUGCAAACUUACACUUAGUUUUGCUUCAGACAUCUUGUCAGAUGAAAGGAGAGAUAGUAUUACGAACGUCGGUGUCCAAUUGGCAUGUAAAGUCCAAGACACAAAACGUGGAUGCAAGUUUCUAAAGCCUAUCCUUCUUCAACAUCCAUAUAAAAUGGCGUUAUGGAGUUACUACUACAAAGCACUGUCGAAAGCAGACAGCACUAUCUCAAAAAACAACAAGUUUCUACAACAUGUACGCAAUCAACAGAAAGAUUGUGUCCCUCCUAUUGUUAUCGCAGGGCAUCAGUUUGGCGAGAUCAGUCAGUAUCAAGUAGCAGCUAGGGAGUACCUGGAAGCUUACAAACUUCAGCCUGAUUGCCCUAUAAUUAAUCUUUGCGUAGGAACUGCUCUGAUUAACUUAGCAUUUGAUGUUAGACUGAAGAAUAAGCAUGAAUGUGUGUUGCAAGGGCUGGCUUUUUUGUACAACAAUUUGAGGCUGUGUGGGAAGAAGAAUGAUUGCCGCCAAGAAGCCCUAUACAACAUAGCACGGGCAUAUCAGCAUGUGGGGCUUGUGACUAUCGCAGCUUCGUACUAUGAAAAGGUGCUAUCGACUCCACAGAAGGAUUGCCCAAUCCCGAGGUUUCCCUAUGAUGAAUGUCAGUAUGCACACCGAAUUGAAAAACCCGGUGGUUAUUGCAGCCUUCAUAGGGAAGCUGCCUACAACCUUCACCUGAUUUAUAAGGCUAGUGGGGCAUUUGACCUUGCUAGGCAGCUUUUGCAAGAUUAUUGCACUGUUUGAAGCUCUUUUUCUUUCUCCUGCUAUAUAUUGCUACUAUCUAUGCUUGUACUGAGAUUUUGUGAACCGGCAAGUAUGUUGUUAUUCACUUUAUUAUUUUGUAGAUAUUUACAUGUACUUUGUUGGUUUGUACUUUUGUGAGUUGCUUAUGCGUGCUCUUCAAAUAGCUGUCCGCUUGUGGUUAUGUUUAUUUUGUCG